AUGUCAGAAAUAGACGAAAAAAUGAUAAAAUUUCUUUGGCAAAAUAAUAAAAAUAUUUCUAUGAUUGUAUUCAAUCAUGAAUCAUAUACUGCUACUAUUACUCUAACUAACAAUUCCAUUAGAAUCAUAAAUUUAAAUGAACCAGAUAAUAAUUCCAAUAACAAUAGUAGUGAAGAUACACUAGAUAAUCCAAAUAGCACAGUGGAUAAUCUUGUAAAUUUGAAUACACUAGAAGACAAUUCAAAUAAAAAUAAUAUGAAUAGUGCUGAGAAUGAGAAUAGAUAUCAGGGUAGUGAGAUAGAUAAUUAUAUAGUCUCAUCAAGUAGAAAUGAACUUAUUCAGCAUGAGGCAGAAGAUUCGUUAAAUAGUAAUCUCAUUAAUCAGCAUACUGAAAUAGAAUCUACUUCUGAAGUCUCAUCUUGUAGUAAUGAGAAUAAUAAUCUUACUCUUCAGAACAGAGAAGUAGAAAAUAUUUCUGAAAUAUCGAAUAAUAAUCAAAAUGAUAGUUUAGAAAAUACAAAAGAUACUCAGAUAAAUUUAAAAUCAAAACGUAAAGCAUCUGAAUCUGGUAAUAAAAAUAAUCAAAUUUCAAAAAAAGUACAAUUAGAAGUUUCUAAAAAAUCAUCUGAUACUAUGUCUUUACAAUUUAUUUCUCUACAAAAUUCUGAUCUAAAUGAAUGUACUUUAUCAAAUUCUUCCAUUGAUAUGAAUUUAAAUGAUAUGUUAGAGCAAGAACGAUCAACUGAAAAUGAACAAUAUAAUAAUUUAGAAAUAGCAAAUGCUAUAAUUACAUCAGAUAAUGAAUCAACAACUCAAAAUGAAGAUGCUACUGAAUCUUCAAUUACUAAAUCAGCAAUAAUAAAGUCAAAUGAAGCUAAUAACCAACAAUUGGUUAUUAAUCAUAAUCAACUUUUUUCUAAUGACUCUAUUGAAAGUUAUCUUAUAUCAAACUUUGACUAUCUCUUCAAUAAUAAUAAUGGAAUUAUUGAUAUUUCAUCACAAACAUUACCAACUUAUUCAAGUACAACAGAUAGAAUGAAAAACAUUCUAAAUAUUACAGAAAGACAGGAGCACAGGUAUUGGUCAGCUAGAAUCAUAUCAACAUAUGUAAUGAUAGCUUCUAAUGAGGAUUAUAAUCAAUUUCUUAAAAAUUUAUUAGAUAAUGAUAGUGUUGUUCAUAAAGCUCCUAAAUUUGAUGCAUCUAUAAUACAAAAA